UUAUGGAGAUAUGAGUUUAGUUUUGUGUCACCUUUUUGUAGUUUAGUUAUUUCACUGUCAAUAUGUUUGGAUUUAGGCCUAUGAUGAGUCUUUACUUUACGUUUGUAAAUGUUUUCGACUUAAGAUGAAAUAUUUCGCGCGAACCCAGCCGGAAGUUGUCCAACACGUGUAUUUGUUGUUGGUGGUCAAGACAAUUAUAAUGGCGAGGGGCAAAGUAGGAAUUCUUGCUAAAUCAAAGACACCUCAGCCUCACAGAGCAAAAGCAGCUGUUUUGAAAGCACCACCUAAAUCAGCACCACCUUCCAAGAGAAAGACAUGUUCUACCACAGAGAGUGACAAGACGCCAAAACUUAUGGAGUUGAAAGGAGCCCUAUUCAGGAAGCAAGAAAUAAGAAAGAAGAAUGACAGUUUCCCUAGGAAACCAGCAACAGCAGGCACAGGGGAUAAACAUGGACAGAUGUCAAAAUUCAAACAUUUCUCAUCUCCUCCACAAGAUGACACUGAUGAUGAUGAAAGCAAUGUUGACAUUAACGAAGAUGAUCUGGACAGUGUUGACAUUUUAAAAGAUUUUGCUGAUGAUAGCAGCAGUAAUGAUGAUGAUGAUGAUGAAGAUUUGGCUGAUGACAGCAGUAGUGAAGAUGAUGAUGAAGAAGAUGACAUUGAUGAUGGUAAUGAUGACUAUGACAGCAGUGAUGAAGGUGUAGGGCAGGUGAUUGAGGUUAACACCAAGAGAGAAGAAACUAAAGCCACCUCUACUUCAAAACAUGAUGGCAACAAAGUAGAGAAACGAAAACAACAGCGACCGACCGUGACAACAAUAAAUAAACAGUAUACAGAUGAGCAGACAAUAUUUGUGAAGAACCUUCCAGCAGAUACAACCGAGGAGGACUUGAAAACACUGUCAAAGGACAUAAUUGAAAUCAGGCUCAGGAUUGCUCUGUCUGGCAGACGUUCGUAUGCCUACUUAGUGUUUUCAUCGGAGACCAUUGCAGAAAAGCACUACAAGUUAUUUCAACACAAGACUUUGAAGGGCCAAAGUUUUAUAGUUGACUUUGUAGGCCGGAAAAGUAAGGUCUUCACCAAGGGUUCUGCAUCAAAGCAAUCAGGUGGACCACAGGAUAUGAAACGCCUCUUUGUCACAGGCUUAGGGAAGUCUUUUACAGACAAGGAUCUCUAUCAACUGUUUCCUAAUGCUAGAGAAACUGUGGUUAUUCGUCGACGGAAUGGGAACUCCUUGGGGUAUGGUUUUGUGUCAUUUGACAAUGAACAGGUUGCACAGAAGAAUCUCGUCAAAUUUAAAAGUGGUAAAACUAUUAAUGACCAAAGGAUUCUUGCCACAUAUGCUAAGGCGAAAGAGAUAGGUUCAAAUGAAAAGAAUGGACCCCUACAAGUGAAAUCAGGUGCUGACUUGGACAUGAAGAAGCUAUAUUUGUCUGGUUUGGGACCCAAAGUGAGUCAAGCGGACAUAGAGGAGGCCUUUCCAAAAUCAGUGAACGUUGAUAUCAUCAACUCCAAGACCGACAGACCUUCUUGUUUCAGGUACGGAUUUGUGACAUUUCACAAUGAAAAAGAUGCAAAGUCAAGCUUAGCCAAGGCGAUAGAAUUGACGAUUGGAGGACAUGUUAUCAAAGUGGUAUAUGCGAACAAGAAAAAGGAGGUGGCUGCAAUGAAGAGGAAAGCAGACAGAAGAGGCGACGAUGAGCCUGUGCUGAAAAAAGAGAAGCCAUCUCAAAACAGCAGCGAUAACAUUGUUGGUGAUGAUGAUGACGACGACGAUGACGAUGACAGCGAUGAUGAAAGUGAUAGCGAUGAUGAAAGUGAUAGUGAUGAUAGUGAUAAAUGAAAAUGUUACAUACAGAUAUGGGCCAAAUGUCAAAUGUAUUGAACAUUGAAUGAAGAAGUUUGCUUGAUACAGUGAGUCUGAAAUGGAGGUUCUAAAAGAAUUGAAUGUUCCAAUUUCGGCUUGAAGGGGACAAACUAUUUUUCGCUGACCUGGCUGAAGUAAACUUAUGUCCUGGUCUGCUUGUCUGACGUCAGUAGUGUCUGUAAGCAUCUCCUCAGAAACCUCUGGACUGAUGUAGCUGAAAUGUAACAUGCUUGUUCCAACCAGUGUUGACACCUGACCUUCUUCAGGUUUAAUAUCUUGGCCACAGAAGUCUUUUGAAAAGAAUACUUAGACCAUUACUCCGCUCCAGAUGACCACAGUAAUCUUUCAUAACAUGGUAAAGUUUUAUAGCAGAACUGCCAAACACAAUGCAAAACUUGGACUGAUAAGUGUAAUGCAGCUAGGGAAAUAAAAUGCUUGUUGAAAUUA